CACCAGUAUUAUUUCUGCGAUCUGAAAUUAACCACAGAGUAGUCAUAACAAUGUGGGAUGUGGUGGGAUUAAGUUUUGUAGCUUUGCUAGUCAUAUACUUAACUUACUUGAUUACCCAAUGGAAGAAUCCAAAAUGCAAUGGGGUUCUCCCUCCAGGUUCUAUGGGACUGCCUCUUAUUGGAGAGACUCUCAAUUUACUUAUUCCCAGCUACUCCCUUGAUCUUCAUCCAUUCAUUAGGAAGAGACUCGAAAGAUAUGGACCCAUAUUUCGGACUAGUUUGGCAGGCAAGCCAGUUCUAGUAUCAGCCGAUCCAGAGUUCAAUAAUUAUGUACUUAAGCAAGAAGGGAGGAUGGUUGAAUUUUGGUACUUGGACACAUUUUCUAAGAUCUUUAUGCAGGAAGGAGGGAACAGGACGAAUCAGAUUGGUGUCAUUCACAAAUACGCAAGGAGCAUUUUCCUGAAUCACUUUGGCGCUGAAUGCAUUAAGGAAAAGUUGCUCACCCAGAUAGAAGGAAGUAUCAACAAACAUUUAUGUGCCUGGUCAAAUCAGGAAUCUGUUGAAGUGAAAAAGGCUGGCUCCAUUAUGGCUUUAAAUUUUUGUGCAGAACAUAUGAUCGGUUAUGAUGCCGAAACAGCAACAGAAAACCUGGGUGAGAUUUAUCAUAGAGUCUUCCAAGGUCUUAUUUCCUUUCCCUUGAAUGUUCCUGGAACAGCUUACCAUAAUUGCUUAAAGAUCCACAAGAAGGCGACAACCAUGUUGAGGGCUAUGCUAAGGGAGAGACGCAGCUCACCUGAGAAGCGUCGAGGAGAUUUCCUUGACCAAAUCAUCGACGACUUGGAUCAAGAGAAGUUCUUGUCAGAGGACUUCUGUGUACACUUGAUAUUCGGGGGCUUGUUUGCUAUCUUUGAGUCUAUUUCAACAGUAUUGACAUUAUUUUUCAGUUUACUUGCAGACCAUCCUGCGGUUCUACAAGAGUUGACGGCUGAGCAUGAGGCACUUCUCAAAAAUCGAGAAGACCAAAAUUCUGCACUUACAUGGGAUGAAUAUAAAUCGAUGACUUUUACCCUUCAAGUUAUCAACGAAACUCUUAGGCUGGCUAAUACUGCUCCAGGCUUGCUUCGUAGAGCAUUGAAAGAUAUCCCAGUAAAGGGAUAUACGAUACCAGCUGGCUGGACGAUUUUGCUUGUCACCCCUGCUCUGCAUUUAACUUCCAACACGUUCAAAGAUCACUUGGAGUUCAAUCCAUGGCGUUGGAAGGACCUUGACUCCCUUGUAAUAUCUAAGAACUUCAUGCCGUUUGGUAGUGGAUUAAGGCAAUGUGCAGGGGCCGAGUUCAGCAGAGCGUACUUGUCCACCUUUCUCCAUGUUUUGGUCACCAAAUAUAGGUGGACAACAAUCAAAGGCGCACGCAUUUCUCGAAGGCCUAUAUUGGCAUUCGGGGAUGGCGCUCACAUUAAGUUCUCGGAGAAGAAAAACUGAGAUAUUUUCCUAAUUCAGUUUGUGGAAAAUGAUCAAACACUUGUCUUGAUGUACCUAUUUAUGAUUAAAACAGGAUGUGCAAUAUAAUAUGUUAUAGAUGAAGCAUGAAUAAAGCCGAAAUGAUGUAAAAUCUGAAUUAUUGUAGUUGGAAUAACUUAGGGCUUGCCCCAAGUGGCUGAUGUGCACUUGCUAAAGCGCCAGCUCUCCAGUUAUCGAUUAUACUUGGAUGUCAAAAUUUAUAAAGGUUUUAUUAAAUAAUAAUUAAUAAAGUUUUUU